AUGGGCGCCAGCGCGCUGAAAUUGGACUCCUACAAUGAUGUUAUGGACGACGCGCCUCGUUACCCGACAGUCGUGCAGGGACACUGGAACAAUAUGCAGAAAUUCAAGAAUUGUGUCAUUUUGACAAGAGUAGGGGGCUUUUACGAGCUUUACUUCCAACAGGCAGAGGAGUAUGCCCCAUUACUGAAUAUCAAGCUUGCGUCCAAAAAGACCAGCGCCGGUCCUGUUCCAAUGGCGGGCUUUCCCUUCUUCCAGCUGGACCGCUUCCUGAAGAUUCUGGUCCAAGAUCUGAACAAGUAUGUCGCGAUUAGUGAGGAAUUUGCCCUUGGCGAAGAGGACAAGGCUCGGUCUGGAGGGCUCCUUUUCGAUCGACGGGUCGCCAGGAUUAUCACGCCAGGGACGUUGAUCGACGAAAAGUUCAUGGACCCAUCAGAGAAUAACUUCCUGUUGGCCAUAUACAUGGAUAUCCCGUCCCUAAAAGCACAACUAAAGCACCAACAAGAUGGGAUACACGUACUCUCAUCGGCAUCGCAGCAUGUAGGCUUGUCCUGGCUAGACCUUUCUACGGGCGAUUUCUUCACACAGUUCACGACGGCACAGAUGCUCCCAUCUGCCAUCGCCAGAAUCGGUGCUCGAGAGAUACUCGUCGACCAGGAUCUUCAAGACCUAAUCGGACAGGAACUGCAACUGCUAGUUGGCCACGACCAUCGACCGGUGACUUUCUUCCCGUACCCCCGUAAGAUCAGGCCGAUGCAUCAGUGGGAUUAUAUGCUCGAAGCGCCUGUUCCCUCAGAAGCCAUAGAGUCCUUUACCACCGAAGAAACGGCCGCAGGCUAUAGCCUUCUGGAAUAUGUUCGUGUCCAACUCCAGGGGGUGGAUCUAAAACUUCAGCCCCCUCGUCGCCGACAUCUGAACGAGUCCAUGAAUAUUGACCGCAAUAGCCUGCGGGGUUUGGAGAUCCUCGAAACAGCUCGAGAUGGCUUUGGGAAAGGCAGUCUGCUCCACGCAGUCCGCCGCACGUCGACAAAAAGCGGAGCUCGUCUCUUGCGUGACCGCUUGACCUCCCCAUCCACGUCACUACAAGUGAUUAACGAGAGACUCGAUCUUGUGUCUGUUUUCAUCUCCCACAAGAAAUUACGCGAUAACGUAACUCAGCUUCUGAAGCGCAGCUAUGAUGCUCAACGCUUGGUUCAGAAAUUCACGCUGGGUCGCGGAGACCCAGAUGAUCUCAUCUGUCUGUCCCGAGCGAUAGAAGCCUCUAAAGAGAUCAAACGAGUCAUUUCCGGUGCUGGGUAUACUGAUGCGAACUGUGCGCCCUCAUCCCAUGAACCCCACAAAAACAGCCUGCGAGCUUUGGUGAAUAGGCUUCACUUGGACGGUCCCACUGCACUGGCAGACAGGAUUCUGGCAGCGAUAGACGAGGAAGGCUUGUUACAAAAACAGCGCAUCGAAGAUGAUACCGCGGCGGAGGCUGCUACCCUUGCCCAAGAGGUGGCAAUGAACGAAGGGUUACCGGGAGACUUGGACGCUUUACCAAAGAAAGUCAAAUCUAGAAGCACCGAAAAGGCAGGGAUGGCAACGGAAGACCCAUCGACUGUUGAUACGUGGAUUAUGAGACGCGAUGCCAGCCCUGCGCUGCGAGAGCUUCACCAAGCCCUGAGCGACCUGCAGGACGAGAAGGCGAAGUUGACGCAGAAACUCCGUAAUGCGGUCGGGUCGUCGGCUCUGACGCUCAAAUGGACCCCAGGCCUCGGCCAUAUUUGUCACGUCAAAGGCGCCAAAAUUUCCCAGGGAGCGCUAGAAGACUUGGGAGUCACUCGGAACGUCUCAUCAACCAAAUCAACAAGGUCAUUCUAUCUCCCCGCGUGGACCGAAUUAGGCGGCCGCACCGACCAGGUGAAGCUCCAAAUCCGACAGGAAGAGCAGGUGAUUUUUGAAAGCUUACGCCGCGAGGUCAUCCUCAAUCUUGUCAAGAUCAGACGCAACGCGUCCGUGAUGGACGAGCUCGACGUGGCUUGCUCUUUCGCCACGCUGGCUCAAGAGCAGCAGCUGGUUCGCCCAAUCCUCACCAACAGUACCAAACACAAAAUCGUCGGGGGCCGACAUCCGACAGUCAAACUGGGACUGGAGGAGCAGGGCCGACGGUUUGUCAGUAAUAACUGUUUCCUAGGAGAUCCCGAGCGCAUCUGGCUAAUCACCGGACCCAACAUGGCUGGCAAGAGCACGUUCCUGCGGCAAAACGCCCUGAUAACCAUUCUGGCUCAGGUUGGAUCGUUCGUCCCAGCUGAGUAUGCAGAGAUCGGAAUCGUAGACCAGAUCUUCAGCCGCAUCGGCGCUGCAGACGACCUCUUUCGCGACCAGUCCACUUUCAUGGUGGAAAUGCUCGAGACAGCCGCGAUCCUGAAGCAAGCGACGCCCCGUUCGUUCGUCAUCAUGGACGAGGUCGGUCGGGGAACCACCCCCGAAGACGGGACGGCCGUGAGUUUCGCAUGUCUGCACCAUCUACAUUAUCGCAAUCGCAGCCGGACCCUCUUCGCGACACACUUCCACUCGCUCGCCGAGCUGACGCACGACUUUGAGGCGCUGGGCCGCUACUGCACCGACGUCCGGGAGACUGCGUCCGGGUCGUUCUCGUUCGUCCAUCGCCUGCGCAAGGGCGUGAAUCGCGAAUCCCACGCGCUCAAGGUAGCGCAGCUGGCUGGGCUACCGAAGGAGACGAUCGAGAUGGCCCGAUGCGUGCGCGCCUUGAACUGGGCCCCCUCGAUCGAAUCCAAACAACCGAGAAUGCAUCAAGCGAGCUCCUAA